CCCAGGAAUGCACAGGAGCAGGGCUGGGAUCAAGUGACUCCAUCCAGGGGUAUAAAUAGAGCCUGACGCUGGGUGAUAGGCAAAACUCUCCACAUGCCUGCAAUGAUUCGGAAAGACAGAGGAGUUAUAACAAAAAGGAGCUUCUUUCUUUUCCCGGAAAAGAGUGUGAAUAAAGGCCAAGAAGCUGUUUAAACAACUAUAAAUCUAAGGACAUGGAUUUCCAAUCGAGCAUCAUCCAGGAGUCCAACAGGAUGGAGAACCUGGAGAAGCAGUUGAUCUGCCCCAUUUGCCUGGAGAUCUUCUCCAAGCCUGUGGUCAUUCUGCCUUGCCAACACAACCUGUGUCGAAAAUGUGCCAAUGAUGUGUUUCAGGCUGCAAACCCGUACUGGACGUCCCGUGGUACUAAUAUUUCGGGAGGCCGUUUCCGGUGUCCAUCAUGUCGUCACGAGGUGGUCCUGGACCGGCACGGGGUCUACGGGCUGCAGAGGAAUCUGCUGGUGGAGAACAUCAUCGACAUCUACAAACAGGAGAGCAGCAGCCCCAGGCCACUGAAGAAAGUAGACCAGCCCAUGUGUUUGGAGCAUGAGGAUGAGAAGAUCAAUAUUUAUUGUGUGACCUGCCAGGUGCCCACCUGCUCCAUGUGCAAAGUGUUUGGAGCUCACAAGAACUGCGAGGUGUCACCCCUGGAGAAUGUCUACCAGCAUCAAAAGACGGAGCUCAGUGAUGGCAUUGCUACACUGGUGGCAGGCAACGACCGAGUCCAGGCCAUCAUGAACCAGCUGGAGGACACCUGCCGAACCAUCGAGGUGAGUGCCAGGUGGAUUACACAGCAUUAAGUUGGUGAUGGCCCAAGUUCUGGUUUAUCCAGGUCCCAGGUUGACCUCUUAUCAUGAUCAAUUACUGUAUUAUUUUUCCAGACAGGUCUUACUUCAUUUGAAACCACAUUACAUACAUUGAAAUGACAUAUCCCUAGAACUUCAAUAUAAUACUGUACAUACAGUACAUCAGGUGCUGAUGCCCAGACAAUCAAUAAGCAUUGCCAUAAUAGUGGGUUAGGCUGAACUGUGCACAUGAGAAUAAGUAUGCUGCCUUAAUGAAAUAAUCAGUGCUGCUCCAGCAGUGGCCCAGUGCUUGCUCGUUGCUGGGAAAAAUUAUCAGAAUGUUAUUUGCUGAGGCCCCGUUUAAUCUUCUGUCCUCUCCUACUUCACCAAAACUUUAUG